CUUUCCUCUGGCGUCGUUACCAUUCCACAGCUGACUCGCGUCUAUAUAGUUCUGCUGCUCAGUCGGAAACCAACAGAAAUAGCAAUGAGUUCCGCGGUCAGCGAGUCCAAGCUCAAGGAGUACUACGAUGUGGCCCUCAAACUGGUCCUCCAGUGCGGGCCUCUGAUGCAGGAGGGCUACCAGAAGGCCAAGACGGACUACAAGGUCAAGGCGGACUUCUACGACCUGGUCACCGUGUACGAUAAGCAAAUCGAGGAUAUUUUAACCCAGGGAUUGGUGGCCGCCUUUCCCGAAUCCCUGAUCAUUGGCGAGGAGGAGUCGGCAGCUUCACAGCGCCAGGCGGAGCUGACCGAUGCGCCCACUUGGAUCAUAGAUCCCAUUGACGGCACCACCAACUUCAUCCACCGCAUUCCGCACUGCUGCAUCUCCGUGGGCCUGGCCAUCAACAAGGAGCUGGUCGUGGGCAUUAUCUACAAUCCGCCGGCAAAUGAACUGUUCUCCGCCUACAAGGGACAUGGAGCCUAUCUGAAUGGCGAACCCAUCCACACAUCCAAAGUGACGACGAUCAAGCAAGCAGUGAUUGCCUACGAGAUCUCCCUGAUCCACGCCGCCGGAGUGAGGGACAAGAAUGUGAAGCGACUGUACAAGAUGGCCUCGAAUGCCACGGGAACCCGGUGUUUCGGAAGUGCCGCCCUGACCCUGUGCUACGUGGCCACGGGCCAGUGCGAUGCCUAUCAUGUGGAGGAUCUGAAACCGUGGGACAUUGCUGCCGGAGCCAUCAUCCUGACCGAAGCCGGCGGCACUGUGUGCCACACCAGCGGCUCCAAAUUCGACGUGAUGAAACCGGAUUGCGUGUGCGCCGCCACGCCGGAGUUGGCCAAGAAUGUGAUUAGUCUUAUCGAAGAGGCCGGUCAGAUUACAGAGUACACAUUUAAGUAAAGACAGUUAAUGGCUCAGUAUGCAAAGACAGUAUCCACAUUUAUCACUUGUAAACUAUUCUAAUCGCGCGCGAGAUUGCAGACAGAUAUUCCAGUACAAUAAAACGAACUAAGUACAUAAGUA